GAAUUCAAACGUAAAACAAUUUCUUCAUAUCUCUUUUAUGGAUUCAGCACAGGAAACAAAAAAUAAAAAUAAAAAAAAAACCAAAAUAAAAAAAAAGACCAAUCCUUUUGAAGUUCGCAAGAAACGAGUUCCUUAUUGGUUGAUACUUUUGCAAUACUUUAGAGAGAGAAACCAUUAUUGUCGCUCUAGCCAUGGCUUCUCUCCUCUCCUUCGCAGCCGCCAUUAUUGUCGCUCUCACUUUCUUAUCAUCGUCGCCAUCCUCUUUCACUUCUUCGGUUGUCGUCGAUUCUGCGAAGCUUCCGUUCGAUCCUCGCGACGCGCUUCCGCUGCUGCCUCGACAGGUGGCGUGGCCGAUCCUCAACUACCUCCACAGCGCGGUCGAUAUUCUCCCAAGCUUCGUCGGCGCCGCCUCCUCCUCGCCGAACCACACUCUCCGUUGGAAAGGAGCCUGCUUCUACGAAAACACUGCCUGGCUCGAGUUCCACAACAACUCCGGCUCCGAAUUCGGCGGCGGAACUCUUCAUAUCAAGGUUGGAAAAGCUCAUAGUUGGACAUGCAUGGAUCUCUAUGUCUUUGCAACUCCAUACCGUGUAACAUGGGACUACUACUUUCUAUCUCGAGAACAUACGCUGGAUUUUAAAGAAUGGGAAGGGAAAACGGAAUAUGAAUAUGUUAAACACAAUGGAGUUUCGAUUUUCCUCAUGCAAGCAGGAACACUGGGAACUCUACAAGCGUUGUGGGAUGUCUUCCCUUUAUUCACGAAUACUCAAUGGGGUGAGCAGUCCAACCUUGCAUUCCUCAAGAAGCAUAUGGGGGCUACCUUUAAUGAACGCCCUAAGCCAUGGGUAACAAACAUUAGUGCUGAUGACAUCCACUCUGGAGAUUUCCUCGCAAUAUCAAAGAUCCGUGGUCGGUGGGGUGGUUUUGAGACUCUAGAGAAGUGGGUUAGUGGAUCUUAUGCUGGCCACAGUGCUGUUUGCUUGAGAGAUUCUGAGGGGAACCUGUGGGUAGGUGAAUCAGGAUAUGCCAAUGAGGAGGGAGAAGACAUUAUUGCUGUGGUACCGUGGGAUGAGUGGUGGGAGUUUGAGCAGACUAAAGAUGAUGCCAAUCCUCAUAUUGCAUUGCUUUCAUUGAAUCCUGAUACACGAGCAAAAUUUAACGAGACUGCUGCUUGGGAGUAUGCAAGGAGCAUGGAAGGAAAACCAUAUGGGUACCACAACAUGUUAUUUGCCUGGAUAGACACAGUGAAUGGCAACUAUCCACCUCCCUUGGAUGCUCAUGCUGUUGCAUCUGUUAUGACAGUUUGGAACCAAAUACAGCCCUCUUAUGCUGCUAACUUGUGGAAUGAAGCCUUGAACAAACGACUUGGAACUGAGGGCCUUGAUCUUCCUAGCAUUCUAGUAGAAACUGAAAAGCAAGGGUUAUCUUUUGAUAAGCUGUUGACAAUUCCCGAGCAGGAUGAUUGGUUGUACGCUGAUGGGAAGUCAACAUCUUGUAUUGCUUUCGUUCUAGAAAUGUACAAGGCGGCUGGACUCUUUGAUCCAAUUGCUAGCUCUAUCCAAGUCACAGAGUUCACGAUAAAAGACGCCUACACACUCAAGUUCUUCGAUGAUGAUCUGAGCCGCCAGCCAAAGUGGUGCAAUGAUGCGGAUGACGUGAAGCUUCCAUAUUGUCAGAUUCUAGGCAAGUAUCGAAUGGAACUCCCCGGAUUUAACACAAUGGAACCAUACCCCCAUAUGAAUGAAAGAUGUCCAUCCUUGCCUCCAAUGUACACCAGAACAGCGAAUUGCUAGACCCGAAACUUCUUCACUCCAAUCGGCCUAACCCCAUUGUCAAUGCCUUGAAGGUAACCUGCCAUGUAAAUUCCACACAAAUUGUUUGGCAGCAGCAUGACGAGGCCAAGUGCAAGUUCACUGAUGUCCCUUGUAAAUACGAUUUUUACACUCAAAACAGUACCACUGUAGGAUUCCUAGGGCCUUUUUUUUUUUUUUUUUUUUUUUUU